AUGGCGUGUAACGCCCCCGCGAGCCGGUUCAUGUUUGUCGAGUACUCCAAGCCCGUCGAACCAGUCAAAGGCCAGAAGAGACGUCGAGGCGGCCCAAGUGAAGUGCGCGCGCAUAUCACCAAGAACUACCACAGGGCGUUGAGAGUCAAGCGCCUCGAGGCGCUCAAAAGGGGAGGAGAAGGACAUGCCGGCCCGCUCGAGAGACCAAAACGAGAUGCAGGCCGCAAAGGCCCUGCGCGAGAUCCGCGAGAUGGUGAUGAAGUUCGCGAUCACGGGGACGAAGAGCACAGCGAGAAGGGAGAGGACGACGGCUUGUCCAGGCGAGCAGGAUCGCCGCGCACGCCCCCCGACGACGACCGCAACGGCGUCGUCGCUCUCCAGUCAAACACCUCACGCCUUCUCAAGUCAGUUCUUGGCGAAGGUCGAAUCGAUCCGUUCGAUGCUCUCCCGGUCCAGGGCGUGCCCCUUUUCAUCCACCAAGUUCUCGACCACGUACGUACUAUCCUGCCGAGCGCCCCUUUCUUGCGGCUAGCUGGUUGA